ACAUCCACUACUGUGUUUUUGUUUUUACUGAUGUGAACGGUGUAGAAAAAUAUUCGAUCCAUACCUUAUCGCGCUAGAAACAGCUUUUAGAACGCUGUUUUUCGUGUUAUGACUUCGUUUUUUAAUUAGUUGACCCACCGUAGGAUUCGGCGAGCGUUGGAGCUUUUUUUUUUUGACCAGGGCAGAGCAUUUGCUUUUAACCAGGCUUCAAAUUGUUGCUAGGUUCAUCACGUUGCACGCCAUUGGCACAAUGGAUGUGAGCAUUGCCGUCUCGCUGAUUCGGGGACAGAUGGGUGCUGUGGUGGAGCGAGCGGUCAAUGGAGCAGUGGAGACAGUCCUGGCUGAGAUGCUCAAAGUUGUUGGUGUGAAAUUUGAGGAGCUGAAAUCCCAAGUAGCGGUGAUGAAGAGAGACAUGGAAACUUUGCAGCGAGAGAAAGUCCUCAAGGAGAAAGAGAAUGAUAACAUAAAAGCAAAGUUGCGCUACACUGAGCUCAAAUUGAAGUAUUAUCGACAGGGCGUAGAGGAGGAGCUACAGCAACAUGUGUCUGCUGCAGCUCUGUCACACCUCUAUACACCAACCGGACAGGCCACAGGACAGACCACAGGACAGGCCACAGGACAGGCCACAGGACAGGCCACAGGACAGGCCACAGGACAGAGAGCGGAUUCUGAGUUUCCACAGUCAAACACAGCCCCCUCCUGCUCUGGACAGACCAGAACCAAAACCACAAGUACAUCUCCUCAGACCAGUGGGCGACAGAGCGGGCGAGGGCACAGUCAAUCAGAUGUGUGCGGAGGCAGUUCCAGUGCAUCAGGGAUAAUACUGUCUUUAAUGAACACAUCUUCUGAGUGUCUGGACAACAGUACAGCUUUGAAUCAAGAUUCCUCUGUAAAUAAUUCAGAAGAACACAAGCUCGAAUGGACCAUCACUCUGCAGCCAAACACUGAAGGAGGGACCAUAACAGGCAUCCAAGCCCUUUCAUUUGUGUCAGAACAGCAGUCGACAACAGGCUCAAGCACCUCUGAAGUUUCAGCUCAUGCAGACAGUUCAACACUGCCCUGCUCCCCUCCACAUGUGAAGCAAGAGCCACAACAGGAAGAUGAGGUAAUCUAUAUCAAAGAGGAGCCAGAGGAGGAACAAGACGUAGGUGCUAUGUUUGAUUGCCACUUGCUUCCAGAUCGAGCACCAGAGUCAAAUGCUACAAGAAAUGGGGCAGAUUGGUUAGGACCACAGACAAGUGUAAAUGCAGCAGGAACCUCGUCUGGAUCGGCCAUCUCUAUAAUGUCCCAGCUAGCUGCUUCCAUGCCAUCCUCUGUCUCAGCAUCUUCAUUCAGCACCUUCACUCAGCACCCUUGGUCGAGAAGAGCUCUCGGUUUACCUGAAGAAUACAAAAAACACAGAAAGGAGCAGCAAAGGCGCAGCUGGAUGAAAUGUAGAGAACUGGAGAAGACUCUUCCUCAACCUCAGCUGUCUGAAGUGUUGCGGGAGCGUCGUGAAAAGACUAGAUUAAGGGUUGCCAAAUGGAGAGCAAAGAAGAAACUCCAAGAAGCAAAGGCUCGAGGGGGCGCUGCAGGUGCAUCUCAAACACCUUUACCUGGAGGAAACCAAAACCAGCAACUAGGAGCAACCUGUAGUUCGGUGACUGGUUCGCAGGAGCACACAGUUCAUCUCCAGAACAACUUUUUCUGCAGUAACGCCACCUCAGGACAGCCCCAGCCCCCCUCACUUUCCUUUAUGAGCCCCUCCUCAUAUUCCACAGUGUUCCCCAAAGGUCCUGGCGGAAGUUCAAACAGUGCUCAGCAAACUGUUACAUCGUCUUCCUCCUCAUAUCCCCAGAUCCAAGUAACACAGCAGAACACGCCUCUGAAUGGUCCAGACAUUAUUGACUAAUAAUGACUCACUGCAGGUCACUUCUUUCACAUCAGAUUUACAGUUUACAAACAGUGCUAUCUAAUACUAUCCAAACAUAGUAUUUUAUUGUUCAUUCAUAAUUUUACAUAUGUUGCUUGCAUCAUGAACAUGUACGACAUACACUGCCUUGCAAAAGUAUUAGCCACAUUUCAGGCUUCAAACAUAAAGAUAUAAAAUUGGAAUGUUUUGUGAAGAUUCAACGCCAAGUGGGACGUGAAGUGGAAUGAAAUUUAUAUGAUAUUUUAAUCUUUUUUUUUUUUUUUU